AUGGUCGAGCAUUACCUCAUCGUCGCUGUUUUAUUGCUGUUUUUUAUUCCUGGAUUUGACAACAAAGACAUUAUAAAUGGGUUAAAACUUUUAAAGUAUUCCAUCGUUCAACCUCAACUGCUUUCUACACAGAACUCUGAGGAGGAUAAAUCAUAUUUGCUGAAAAUAGACGGCACACCUUAUACUAUUCAUCUGAAGAGGAACAGGGAUUUCUUGCAUCCAGAUUUUGUCCGAGAUCAUUUUCAUGUCACUGGUGAUCGCAGAGCAGCACAUCUGAAGCAUGUGUCUUGUUAUUAUCAUGGAGAGGUGGAAGGCUACAAGAGUUCACUAGUGGCACUCAGCACUUGCCAUGGAUUGAGGGGUGUGAUCCUUUUUGCAAACGACAGCUAUGGACUCGAACCUGUUCCGCUGUCCCUCACCAAUGAGCACCUUUUGUACCGACUGACCGACAUUCAGACUGAACCCGUCAGCUGCGGAGUCAUCCAUGAAGCUGUAGCCACCCCAACGCAUGAACCUUUUGAGCCCAGACAAGCAAUCUCUGCUCUGUUGCGGAAGAAACGCAAUUUACCUCAGACGAGAUUUAUCGAGCUGGUUUUGGUUGUGGAUCAUCUCCGGUAUCAAUUCAAACAAGGGAAUGAGACAGCGAUUCGAGAGGAAAUGGUGGAAAUGGCCAACCUGCUAGAUGGGUACUACAAGCAGCUGAACAUCCGUGUUGUGCUAGUGGGCCUAGAAAUCUUUCAACAGGAAAACCCUUUUUCAGUGGAGGGCACAGCGGGCACCGUGCUGCGCGACUUCGUCAAGUGGAGGAAAUCUGACCUGUUGCCGAGGACCCGGCACGACAUCGGUCAGCUACUGAUUGGUCGGGCCAGCUCAUACCCAGGUGGUACGCUGGGAAUGGCUUUCAUUGGCACGGCGUGCUCAACCACCAACUCUGUCGGAAUCAAUGUGUUUAGUGGUGACAACCUGAUUUUCACUUCCACUGUUGUGGCCCACGAGAUCGGCCACAACCUGGGCAUGAAUCAUGAUGAAGACCGCUGCCAAUGUGAUGGAAGAAAUUGCAUCAUGGCAUCUACAGCAAGUGGCGCCACGAGUUUCAGCCGCUGCAGCGGCGAAGAUUUCGAGGCGCUCAUCCUUAGUGGAAGAGGGGAAUGUCUGAUUAACCAACCCUCUCUCUCGGACAUCGUCGGUGGAGCAAAGUGUGGCAACGGCCUUUUGGAAGAAAACGAGGAAUGUGACUGUGGCAUGCCAGAGGAUUGCGAGAAUAAAUGUUGUAACGCUGCCACCUGCAAACUCACCACUGGAUCCGCUUGUGCUCAGGGCAGCUGCUGCCAAGAUUGCCAGCUCAGAGUGGCUGGGACACCGUGCAGGGGGUCUGCCAAUACGUGUGAUCUUCCCGAAUUCUGUAACGGGACCAGCGCCUUCUGCCCCAAUGACUUCUACAUCAUGGAUGGCAUGCCCUGUCAGAACAGCGAGGCGUAUUGCUACGAGGGCCGAUGCCAGACGUACGACUUCCAGUGUCGAGGUCUUUUUGCGCCAGAUCAAGCAACAAAGGCAGCAGAUGUUUGUUUUCUGAAUCUAAACAUGAAGGGAAACCUUUUCGGCAAUUGUGGGAUAACCAACACUGGAGACUAUAUCCGAUGUGGUUUGGCAGACGCCAUGUGCGGAAAGGUGCAGUGUACCAACGUGGACGUCAACCACCCACCUCCGGGUGCUCAUGUCAGUAUACAGGUCAUAAACGGGUCCAGGUGUGUCAACGCAGAUUUCAACCUCGGUCCAGAUGUGCUGGAUCCUGCCUAUGUUAAUCCUGGGAGUCCUUGUGCUGAAGGAAAAACCUGCAUAGAUUUUAAGUGCGUCAACGCCUCUGCUCUGGUGCCAAACUUAAACUGCGACGCCAGGAGGACGUGCAACAGCCAUGGGGUUUGCAAUGACCAAGGACAUUGCCACUGCGACGAUGGAUGGAGCUCGCCAAACUGUAACCGGGCGGGGAAUGGCGGCAGCAUUGACAGUGGCCCAACUAAGAUAGACCACUCCCUUAGGAAUGGCCUGUUGAUCUUCUUCCUGCUCAUCGUUCCUCUACUGGUUCUUCUUGUUCUGGUACUGCUUUUUCUCUUCAAGAGAGAAGCGCUCAAACCCUGUCUCAAACCAGCCCGCCGUUUCAGGCCACAUCAUACUGAAAAUGGCAGAUCCAACAGACCUACAAAUACUGAGACACACACUACCACUCAAAUUCCAGCAGACGUCCCCCCACAGAGGCUUCCAUUUCCACCAGCUACUUCAGAGCCGAUUUCUGGUUACAGGUAUGGAGAACUGGAUUAUUGGAAUGCAGAUUUAAACACGAAUUCAGCACACCCCCAAGCUCCCAGGCAGGGCCCCGGAGUCCCCAGAGCUAUUCCCUCCCCGUCCACCAAACCUAGUUGA